AUGAGUAAUAGGUUAUCUAUAUCUUCAUCCCAUGAUUCUGAAAUCAUUAAAGAACAUAAUAAACAUGUGAUUAAACCACCAACGUUUACUUCAAGAGCGAUAUUGAAGUAUUUUUGUUCUCGUUUUACUAGCUUAUUUGUUCCAAAAUCAGAAUUAGCUCAAUAUACUUGGUCAGAUAUUUUAAAUCCUUUUGAAGCGUUGAGCAGUUUAUCACUCAGAAAUUGGUGUUAUUUUCUCUUGGCUUUUAUUAUUUGGACGUUUGAUGCUUUAGAUUAUUUUGCAGUCUCUUUGAAUAUGGUGGCCUUGAGUGAGUAUUUUGAUCGUUCGGUUUCUGAUUUAUCGUGGUCGAUUUCGUUGGUUUUGUUUCUUCGUUCAGUGGGUGCUUUUAUCUUUGGUUAUAUGGGUGAAAUGUACGGUAGAAGAUGGCCUCUUAUGAUUAAUCUUUUCAUUUUAUGUGUUCUUCAGAUUGGUACUGGGUUUGUUAAAGAUUAUCAAUCUUUUCUUGGUGUUCGUGCUUUAUUUGGUUGUUUUAUGGGUGGGAUCUUUGGUAACGCUGCUGCUUAUGCUUUAGAAGAUUGUCCAAUUAAAGCUAGAGGGGUUGUUAGUGGUAUUUUUCAGCAAGGUUAUGCUUUUGGUUAUUUAUUAGCAGUCAUUUUCACCAGAGCAAUUGUUGAUAAUUCUCCUUACGGUUGGAGAUCUAUCUUUUGGUUUUCUUCUGGUCCCCCAUUCUUAAUGAUUCUUGGUCUUUACUUACUGAGAGAAACUGAAGUCACUCAAAAAAAUUUAAUUAAACGUAAAGAAUCAAAUACUGCUAAUACAAAAUUGGGGGAAAAAUUUACCAUGAGUAAUGCUGCAAAAGAUGCUUUCAAGCGUUAUUGGUUGAUUUUUGUUUAUUUGGUUUUAAUGAUGGCAGGUUUUAAUUUUAGUUCUCAUGGAUCGCAAGAUUUAUAUCCAACCAUGUUAACUGCUCAAAAAGGCUUUGGUAAAGAUCGUUCAACGGUAACUAAUUGUGUUGCUAACUUGGGUGCAAUGGCUGGUGGGCUUACUUUAGGUCAUUUAAGUUCUUUUGUUGGUCGUCGUUUAACUGUUAUGAUCUCCAGUGUUCUUGGUGGGGUUUGUAUUUAUGGAUGGGCUUUCUCAAGUGGUGCUGGUAUUAAUGCUGGAGCUUUCUUUCUUCAAUUUUUCGUUCAAGGUUCUUGGGCAAUUGUCCCAAUUCAUCUUGCUGAAUUAUCUCCUCCCCUUUAUAGAUCUUUAAUCCUGGGUUUGUCUUACCAAUUAGGUAAUUUGGCUAGUGGUGCUUCUUCAACUAUUGAAAGUACUAUUGGUGAACGUUUCCCUAUUACUGUCAAUGGUGAAAGUGCUUAUGAUUAUGCAACAGUUAUGAGUAUUUUCAUGGGUUGUGUCUUUGGUUAUCUUAUCUUAAUUAUGUUUGUUGGUCCUGAAAAUAGAGGUACCUCUCUUGAUGGUGACAGAGAUGAAAAGAUUGAAGAUGAAUUCGCAGCCACUGGAUAUUAUGUCUUCAUGUAG